AUGCCACUGAAAAGCUUCACAAUCACCCUCAUUCGCCACGGCGAAACAGAGGAAAACAGCCUGGGCAUUAUUCAAGGGCAGUCGGAUACUAAACUGAACGCCACCGGCAUUCAGCAGGCACAGCUGCUGGCGGCAACAUUUCCCAUUGAAGAGUACUCCAUCGCUUACAGCUCAGACCUCUCUAGAGCCUAUGACACUUGUCGGGUGAUUCUCAGCGACAGCCCACAGGCGAAGAGCGGUGCCUCACUCAAGGACAUUCGCACUGAUGUUCGCCUGCGAGAGCGAAGCUUCGGUCCACUCGAAGGGCAGUCACUGGAUGCGCUGAUCAAACUGGCGAAGGAGCACAACACCUCAGUGGUCAACUUUGUUCCUGAAGGGGGUGAAUCACCGGAGGACAUUCGCCGUCGUGUGCGCAACUUCGUGGAGACCCGUCUGCUGGAGGAGGCACAGAAGGAGUCCACCGACGACAGGGCACUGAAGAUACUGUUGGUGAGUCACGGGGGAGCCAUCCGCGAGCUGAUCAACUACUUUGUCUCCUUCGGCCAUCACUCCUUCAAGGCGCAAAAGGAGAAAACGCGCAUCAUACCUCCCAACACUAGUGUCAAUGAUUUCCUCGUCCACUACGACCUGCAGACGUUUGCCGCCUCUCCGGUGAAGACGGUUGAGUGUCUGCGACUGCAUGACGUCUCCCACCUGCCCGAGUCCUUUCAGAAGCAGGCACUCAGUCAGAAGCAAGUCAAUGACCACUACAAGGGACCAGCUGUUUAG